AUGCAUCAGGGACAGCGUGCCUUGAUUGAGAUUCCAAGAUACGUGGCCAAGGUAUGGGGCCUGAAGACAGGGUUCACAUCGCUGCGAAAGUGUCAUUUGUGCAGCAGUGAGGAUGUUGAUGGUCAGAGUAUUCAGAUCAUGCGGUACACCGUCAGCUGUGCCAACGCCAUCUUUGAUAUCCUUCAUCAGAAUGGUGUGUUCCUCCCGGCACGUGCCAAGCAUCGUGCCAUUAUCCUUUUCAGGGACGUGUGUGCCUUCUGA